CUUUUUUUCAUUAAAAUGAUAUUUUUAUGAGGAUAAUAAAAAUAUCAGCUACUUAUUUUACGCGUUUAAGCAUACUAAUCUUCCAAAACCUUUGUCAGGAAUAUUCAAUUUGCUGUGCUAUUAUGUUAGCAUUGAUCAUUCACGAAAUGUAAUCACAAAUGAUUUUCUAGAAUUCCCCGAAUUUCUAGCUUUCCAUUGCAUCCUAGUGUCAACAGGUCAAUGACUCAAUUUCAAUGUCAGUUUAAAGUGAGGUCAGUUCAGUGCAAAUAUUGGAAUACAGGGGAUAAAUGUAUAUUGAUGAAAUAAGCAUUUGCCAUGGCAGAUCUAAAAUCUUUAUUUGUAGCAAACAUCAAUAUAAAUAAUUGAUGAACAUAAUCAUGAGGACCAUAUACAGUAUCCGUUAAUAUAUUAGAAUGGAAGAUAUCAAGACGUAACGUCGAAGUGUUAAAGAUGAAAACAUUCUUGAUAGUUUUCACCUUAUUGGGGAUUUGCCUUGCUAAUUGUCCAAGUCAGAGAUGGGAAUAUCCUUGGCAUUUUAAUAGUGUGGAAAAUUCCUGCUACAGCUUUUUGUCAGACAUGACCCGGGACUAUGUUCAAUCAAAAGCAGAGUGUAGUGCUGUAACUGGGGGUCACCUGGCAAAGAUUGGCAGUGAACAAGAAGCAGAUUUCAUUGAUGGUCUACUGGAUGCAGAUCUUGUACAUAAGAUGACGUCCUUGGGAAGAGGAACAACAUACUCAGAUAAGAAAUGGGGAGUUUGGAUUGGAGGAGAUACUACUGAUCCAUCAACCUCUUACCAUCAUUGGUAUGACGGAACGGCAGUGCCCAACUCGGGAUCUGGGUCCCCAUCAACAGUGAAUGGUUUUUCAGGAAGAUGGGCUUUUGGUGAACCAAAUAAUGGAGCGUCAUCAAUUGGAAUAAAAGCAUCAAGAUAUAAGUAUUGGUCCGGUGGAACAGAUUGGGGAACUUAUAGAUGGAUUGAUUCAGGAAUGACUGGCGGCAGUUUCAGUUUGGUCUUUGGAUUAUGUGAAGUUCCAGCGUUACCAACAACAACAGUGACUGAUGCUACUACAACAGUGACUGAUGCUACUACAACAGUGACUGAUGCAACUACAACAUUGACUGAUGCAACUACAACAUUGACUGAUGCUAUUACAACAGUGACUGAUGCAACUACAACAUUGACUGAUGCUACUACAACAGUGACUGAUGCUACUACAACAUUGACUGAUGCUACUACUACAUUGACUGAUGCUACUACUACAACAUUGACUGAUGCAACUACAACAUUGACUGAUGCUAUUACAACAGUGACUGAUGCAACUACAACAUUGACUGAUGCUACAACAACAGUGACUGAUGCUACUACAACAUUGACUGAUGCUACUACAACAGUGACUGAUGCAACUACAAUAUUGACUGAUGCUACUACAACAGUGACUGAUGCUACUACAACAUUGACUGAUGCUACUACAACAGUGACUGAUGCUACUACAACAAUGACUGAUGCAACUACAAUAUUGACUGAUGCUACUACAACAUUGACUGAUGCUUCUACUACUAAUGCUACUACAACAUUGACUGAUGCUACUACAACAGUGACUGAUGCUACUACAACAGUGACUGAUGCUACUACAACAUUACCUGAUGCUACUACAACAAUGACUGAUGCUAGUACUUCCAAUGCUACUACAAUAGUGACUGAUGCUAUUGCAACAUUAACAAUAACAUCACCCACAUCAAUAAUAACACCCACAAUAAUAACAACACCCACAACAACUGCUGUGACUCGUUUUUCUGUUUACCCCACCCUUAUAAAAGUAUUUGUCAAAAAGCCAUGCAUCGUUGAGCAUGGUACCGCUUACCUUUAUGAACCAAGAAAUGUGUGUCUGUGGCACUCAGGCACCUACAGUGAUAGAUGGACGUAUGGUGGGAGGUACUGCGGCUACAGGGACUCUCAACUUGCAAAGAUCAACAACACUGAUAUCAAUGCAUUUGUUAGACAAAUGUUUCCAUUUGACGGGGAGUUUUGGGUUGGACUCAACUGCAUGGACAGCUAUGGAGAUUGGCAGUGGAAGGACAGAGAACGCUUGGUACUAACAAAUGGAUCAAAAUGGGCGCACGGACAAUCAAAUGAGGAUAUAUUUCAAAGAUGUGCUUACAUUAAGAAUGAUUACAUUCAUGGUGCAGUCCUUCAUGACGACUUUUGUGGCAUGGAAUCUCGUCAUCCCUUACUUUGUGAAUAUAGCUCAGAUCGAAAAUGCCCUUUUGUGUGGGUACCAAAGAAAGAUGUUUGUUAUUUACCAUCCGAGACCAGAGGGAGCUAUGACUAUGCUGUUAGCAAGUGUCACAGUAUGUCCUCUGAUAUCCUUGUGAUAAAAAAUGAGGAGGAGCUACAGACAGUUGCAGAAAUAUCAUCACUCGAGACGGGAGGUAAUUAUUUCAUUGGUUUGAGGAUAAAUGUCUCUACAGGGGAGGUUAGAUGGGAGGAUGGCUCUCCUGUCACAUUCACGAGAUGGGGACCAGGCCAGCCGAAGCCAGGAAAAGAAUGCGUCAUUCUUGUCUCAAAACUCUGGUUCGCAACAGAAUGUCAGGGACCACAGAACUUCAUAUGUAAGACUGGAGUUGCGCCAUCCUAUAUCAACAUAACAGAGAAGAGUCAAGGCAGAGUGUACCGGAUCCAGUAUGAACCUGAAGAGGUGGAGGAUGCCGUAUUCUAUGCAUUACCUCCUAUAAUGUUUGUAUGUCUUGUAUUCCUGAUUAUACCUCUUCUGGAUCUAAAACAUUUGUGUACAAAAACACCCAAGAAAACUUCUAAAUCUCUUAAAAGAACAUUACAAAACAAGCAAAAGACAUUCAAAAGGUCGAUGAAAAAGAAAGAAGCUUUAACAAAUGGAGUCAAUAGUAUUCCCCUAGAAACAUUCAAGGAAAUUUAAUCUUGAAAAUUAUUGCGUAUUGAUGAUUGAUUCUGCAAUAUGUUUUAAUAAAAACGUUACUAAAAUUUGAAUCUUUCUGAUUCCCAUAUACAGGGUGUAUUAUUCAUCACCAUGAUUGUUUUAUAUUAUCGAGAUGGUAUCCGACACUGGCUGUACUUUUGUUUCAACAGUGUAUUUUAUUGCAAAUAAAAAAA